CUGCGUAGGAAAAAAUUUGUUUAUGUUGUUGCUUUUUUUGCAGCCCUUUGGUUUCACAAUACGCUCGCUCUGACCACGUGCGUGAACGUUAACGUCUUCUGGCGUCACCUCGACGCCGACAAUUACAAUAGCAAAGACUUGUAUGGCAAUCAUGAUCUUGUGCUCGCCAGCAAGGCAUUUUCAUCGCUUCGUCACGUUAUCAGCAGUCUCGACGCUUUGCCCUCUCCAUAUCGUGAGUUUUACUACCUGCGAGCUGAGGAAUCACUGAAAUUCGCCUCUAAUCAUCGCGAGGACUCUUCCCCUGCUUCUUAA